AUGGCGGGUAGAUUUUCGUACUUUCUCCUCUCAGCUCUUUUCACAGUCGUUUUGAUUAUCGUCGUACGGACGGUGAUGUUUUCCUAUCGUCCGGUAGCCGCUGUUCCUUGUCUACCAACCGAUUUAGAUUAUAUUCACGCAGACGAAGCCGCGAGGAAAAGAUUUCAAAAAGCAAUCACCUUUAAAACAGUGUCAUAUGAUGUUGGGAAUUACAAUCGACAAGAGCUUCGAAAAUUUCUUGAAUUUAUCCUACAAGGUAAGAAAAUAAACUUUAUCCUCGGCAGUGUUUUUCUACACUAAAUGGGUUGAGUGUCGAGUUUUAUUUGGACAGCUAUAAGUUAAGGUCAAGUUUCUCAAGGGACGUGCCAUUUUUCAUGAUAUUUUUAAUCUGCCCUCCCACCCCCGCUAAGGAUGACGGGUUUCCAAUAGGAAAGUUCGGUCGAGUUUUUCAUAAAAGAACCUGAAAAAAAUUUUGACCCAUAAUUUUUUAUUUUCACAACUUUUUCCGAGGUGCCGACAAAGAACGAACCCUUCGGAUUUCAUUUUUCAAUGCGCACAGACAGAAAUUUGAGGGUUCAGAUUCCAGUCAUCCUUAGGGGAGGGGGGAGGGGGGUGUGGAGUGUGGAUAAAAAAUAAAAAAUCCCAAACCAGUUACUUUCCAGUUUCUAGUUGAGUGGACUUGCUUAAUGAUUAUUAACAAGCUGCAAGUGAUUUGUACGCUCAGGUUUAGAUGACUUUCAAAAGAUAUAAAUUUAUGGAUGGCCUCAUAAAUAUUUACAAAAUAUUGCAACUUGUGUCUUUAAUUUUUUCUUCCAACAGAAUUUUCAGAUGUGUUUAAUCAUCCUCUUGUGCAACAUAAAGUUAUAGCAGAUUACAGCUUACUUUUGUCUGUAAAAGGCAGUGACCCCUCUCUUAAACCUUAUCUCAUUGCAAGUCACCUUGAUGUUGUACCAGCAAGCAAUGAAUCUUGGGAAGUACCCCCUUUUGAAGGGCGUGUCCAUAAUGGGUACUUUUGGGGGAGAGGAACAUUGGAUGUUAAAAAUGGAGUCAUGGUAAUUAAUCUUGCUCUGCAAUAAACCUAAUUCCCACUAAUUUUAACCAUAAUGAGUAACAAUGAAUGAAGUUGAGCCUGAUCACUCAAACUACUUCUCUUGGCCUGUAGAGCAUUUUUUAUCGGUUUUCGCAACACAGAUGUCUAAAGGGAGAGCUGCAGUUUUGACAUGAUCAUAAAAGGAUCUAGAAAAAAUUGAAUAUCCCAACUCAAGAGGACUGUAGGCUUCUUAAGUUUGGGGACUUGUGUUGACGUAAUUUGGCCUUUUGCAAAAAUAUCAUGUGGCGGAUUCAAUAACAGUAAAGGGGUGCCUGAAAGUCAGGCCUAUGCUGUUAACUGCUUGCUUCUUCUUCCAAAUUCCAUUCCAUAAAAUGCAUGUGUAACAGCAGAAUUUUUUAAAAAAACCAAGAAUGAUUUAAUCUGGGUUUCCCACGUUGUAUGCAAUGUUGUUUAGGGCUCCAUGGAGGCUUUAAAGUUUCUUCUCAAUCUUGGACACAAACCUCAACGCAGCUUUUUCCUGGCUUAUGGACAUGACGAAGAGGUAAGUGGAAAAAAGAUUCUAAAAUGGGAUUUGGUGGUUGUUCCAUGGUAGCACAGCAGUUUAAAAGUAUCCUUGGCUUAAAUUUUAUUUUCCUUUGUUACAGACUUGUUGUCAUACAUUGAUCACCGUAAAUUAUGGAAAAACAAACCAAGGAUAGAAUUGAACCACAACACUUUUUCAAGGGUACCGUUCUUCUUGAUAAAUGCAGUAAUCUUUUGCCUAUAGGUUUCUGGGAAUGACGGAGCCCGACAAAUUGCAGCACAUUUAAAGUCACAACAGGUGGAGUUGGAAUUUUUAGUUGAUGAAGGGACAGUUAUUGUCAAGGAUGCUGUCCCGGGAAUGAAAAUUCCCUUUGCUUUGUGAGUAUGCAAAGUAAAAUGCACAAGUUGCCUCUUUAAGAAAUUUAUAGCUACGUCUUUUUGCUCUCAUAUAAAUCUCAGUGGGGUCAUUGUGAAUCAAAGUUAUUUUUUUUACCUGAAAUCAUCAUGAUGCAUGGGUUAUGGCAGUGGCUUCUUGCAUAUAACAGACCUUAUUUUUGAUAUCUUUGAUUCUUAGAAUUGGUGUGGCAGAGAAAGGUUUUAUCACAGCACAACUUAGUGUCCAUACAUCUGCUGGCCACUCAUCAAUGCCACCACGGGAAUCAAGCAUUGGAAUUAUGUCAAAUGCUGUAGCUAAGUGAGUACUAGCAUUUGAGCGUGGCUUUUCUGUUGACUGUGUUGUUCUAUCAUUUGUUAAGCUAACCAGUCAUUUCAUCUGUACCAGAUGUAUGGCCAUUUUUUCAUCUACCAACUGAGCUAGCCAUCCACUCAGCCAGUUGUUCAGUCAGCUAGUCAGUCAGUUAGUUAGCCAGCCAUUCAUUCAGUCAGUCAGUCAGCCAGUCAGCCAGCCAGUCAAUCAGUUAGUCAGCCAACCAUUCAUUCAGUCAGUCAGCCGGUCAGUAAGUCAGUCAGUCAGUUGGUCAGCCAGUCAAUCAGUCCUCCAGCCAGUCAGUCACUCAGUCAGGUCAUUCAGUCAUCCAGCCAGUCAGUCAGUUGGUUGAUCUGUCAGUCAUUCAGUCAGUUAGUCAGCCAUCUAUUCAUUCAAUCAGGCAGCCAGUCAGUCAGUCAGUUAGUCAUUCAUUCAGUGCAUCCUCCAGUCAAUCAGUAAUCAGUCACUCAGCCAGCCAGUCAGUCAGUCAGUUCGGAAGUCAGUUAGUCAGCAAGUAACUCUGUCAAUCAGACAGUUACUCAGACAGUCAAUGAGACCAUUUUUUUUUCAGUCAAUCACGUUUUCGUUUUAACUCUUUCGUAAAUUUCAUGUUUUUUUUGUUUAUGUUUAUGUUCAGAUUAGAAUCUUGUCCAAUGCCAGUUGUCUUUGAGUCAUCUGGACCAAUCAGAGAAAUGUUUGAAAGUUUUGCCCCUCAGGUAACAGUAAAGUGUCUCCAUGCAAGAGCUAGAAAUUUUUCAGACUUUCACUACGCAAGUGAAGCAAAGGGAUUAUCAUGUUGAGCUCAAUUUGUUGUUUGUGAUUUAAACACACCAAGAAGAAUAAGGUAUACCAUGGUUUAUAGUCUGACAUUUUACGAUUACAUAGUGAUUUCCUUCACAGUAAUUUAGUAAUCUAAUAUCCGCUUAUUCUACAGGUUCCAGUUUAUAUGAGGAUUAUAGUGGCUAACUUGUGGCUAUUUAGUCCAAUUUUUACAAAGUAAGUAGUUUAUUAUAAAGCCUUUUUGAAAUACUGCCAGUUUUUGUUGUUGUAAUAAUUAUUGUUGGAAAUCAACCAAUAGCAGCCAGAGUUAAGGAGCCUUGAAGUAACUUUUAAUUGCUUAGAUUCAUCGCUGUAGCUUUAACGCUUACGUCUUGAACAAAAAUAAAGAAACUUAAAUAUUAAUUUAGGACCUUUCGUCUUACCCGAGCUGAGCACUAGUAGCCUGCGUAGCUGUCGUUUUCAUUUCCUCUUAGCCCAGCACAAUACACACGGAAGACGUUUGAGCGCGAGCAAAACAGUAGGAGCGGCCUUGCUUCUCUCUUGCGCUUCCCCCGCUUGGCUAAAAUUAACGGAAACGAAUACUUCGCAGGCUAAGCACCGAAACAAUAGGGUACCUCGGUUGCUCCGUUGCCAAGGUAAGACUAAAUGUCGCUUCACGUUCGUACGGUACGCUUUAUGUACCCAUUUCAAUUAUUUCUCUCUAACAGAAUUCUUGAGUCAAAACCCUCCACUAAUGCGUUUCUCCGUACCACAACCGCUGUUACUCAGUUUAAUGCAGGGGUAAAGGUAUGUGACAGUGCUGUAGACCCAUGCGUAGAUCAUUCCACAGAACAAGCAUUGUUUUAAAAUCUUUUACAGUUGAGCGCAACUGGAGACAGAAGACCGAAAGUGGAGCGGAGGAAGGGGCAGGAAGCCUAAAACCGCUCGCUUCCCUCACGAUUCGCACUCGCCUGUGAGGUAUCAGAUCGUUUCGCCCGAAGGUCGAUUCGCCCUAGGGUACUGAGUUCGCCCGGACUUAAGUCGAUUCGCCUGACGUGUAUUUUUCGUUUUUUAAGCCUGAAACAAGGAACAAGCGUAAAGACAGGGACUGCACAUAUGAAAUCCAAGCUUAACUAAAAUAACUCUGAUAAGCAUUUUCACCGUGUUGUAGAGUGUUUCGUCUUUGGGAAUCGACUUAAGUCCGGGCGAAACGUUGUCGGGCAAAUCGACUUUUGGGCGAAACGUCCGUAGCCUUUGAAGCGCUAGCCUGCUUGCAGGCUGUCUUGUAGCAAAUGAGAAACGCUACCGGCAAAGCACUCUCUUGUAAGGUGCGGGAACGUUACCUGGCGACUGGGAGACGCGAGCAGCGAAACAUUCCCCCUGUAGAUGAGGAGAGCGGCAAGCAAGCGAGUAAGAGACAACGGGAUCCUGAAUAGAUUCAUGGGUUACAUUAGACUCGUAUCCAGCGCAAAACCCAACUCGAGAGUCUGCUUGUAAACUAGUGUUCAACGCGCAUAGAAAAAUUAAAUAUCUUUAGGUAUCAUGACUAGGGACUCGAAGUUAGGUGGCGAUUUCUCGAUCCCAGCUUAUGCCUUCUCUACCCUCUUCUUGGCUCUUUGAUUGUAAUGGUUUUUCCAUUGAUUGUAACUUAAAAUGUGCCACUUUUUCCUUCUUUUUUCCAAUUUCUUGCGAUUAUUUUUCACAGGCAAAUGUGAUACCGUCCUCAGCGAACGUGACGGUUAAUCACCGGGUUCAUCCUGGCAAUACUCUGGAGGAGGUGAGGUAACACUCUGAAUUACCAUAUAGCUUGCUCUUGAUACUCGACACUCUAUACUCGGGGGAGGAGGGGGGGUCUUUGAUCACAAGUGAGACCCUCUUAACUGGGCUCUAUCAUGCUGUCGGGUCCUAACAAGGACGAAAUGGCUGUCCGUUAAUAGCUGUCCGUAGUUGCUGCUGCCUGCUCAUGUGUAGGGCACUGGCCAUAUCGCGGAGUCAAGUUUUUUAGUGUGUGCUUAUUGUUAAAAUUUUCGUCUCCGGGGGGCUGGGCGAUUUGGGGGUCUUUUUCACAUGCUUUUUUUUUUCUUUAAAUGAUAUUUCCACACUUUAUCCUUUACUGCAGACAAUAUGCGUUAAACAACAGAACUGUGAGACAAAGGUGGUCGAGCGUCAUAUAUUUCGGAGAAAUUAACAAACCAGGCUUUCCUCUCAUCCCACCUUGACAGAAGGCCCUUCUUACUUUCGUGGGUUUGCCUGGGUUUCUGGGACGUAUUCGGUUCUGCCAAGGGCGGCCAACCUUUCCCUGAAUGCUCCGAGGUCCUUGUUUACCUGCAGAUGCUGAGAAGACUGCCUCCACUUUUGAAUUACUCACUCGCCUGCUUUACGCUUAGCCUUAGUUCGAAAGGGGAAGGGAUAGGGAAUUUGGGCGUGAGACAGCGCUUGAGGGAGGAGCCCGAAAUCCCCCUUCCCUUCCCGUCGAACGUCUGUUACGUAGGCUACGUUACACUUAAGGCCGAUUUCCACUGACGUGUUUUUGGCGACGCACGUUAACGCACGUUAAUUUUAAUCACGUAAAUAAAAUAGAAGCAAGAUAUAAAGUCUUGAGAUUAAACGUGAAGUUGAGCGAGGUUCUACUUUUACGCUUACGUGCGACCUUUCAUACAUUGCCUCUAUGUUAUUACGCGACAGUGGAAAUCAACCCUUUAAUAGACGGUGUUUUAACAUAUCCCUGACUUGGGACGAGGUUGUUUUUCCAGAGUGUUCCUAAAGACGCGUUGCGCUAGUCAAUACGGCAAUGACAGGAUGCCAAGUUUGUCUCCUGUUUUAAUAGGUUCUUGAGCAUGAUCGUCGCUGCAUAAAUGAUGAUCGAGUUGAAAUUCGUGUGAUGCAGUCGAGCGAACCUUCUCCUGUAUCUAACUGGGACGAACAUUCUUUUGGCUUCCAGGUACAGUUCUAAGUAGUAAUCGCGAUUGAAUCAGCGUCAUUUUGGCGGGAAAACGUGUUAGUCGUCGUCACUCUACCACGAGAAUGUCGAAGUGGCGGAAACAAGUUAUCAAAUGUUAGAAGGUUUAUCAUUUUGCGAUCGGGACAGGGCUAGCCUCCUUCACUAAAGAUGACACUGCUAACUUUUCUAGUGAAAAAUGGUAAAAUGAAGCUUUCCGGGGAGUCUAUAUUUUGAGAAUAAGCCAAAAAAACUUAAAGUCAAAUCUCGUACUUGUAAUCGUCCUCGAAUCUAAAGGAUUUUACUAUCGAGAAUUUACACAAGAAAUUAAGAGACUGUUACAAUUAUAUGGUCAUCGUUCUUUGCUUUUUAUUACUGGAGGCAUAGCCCAGUAAUUUUCAACGGAUAAUAAGUAUUCUUUUUUUUCCAUUUCUUUAGGUGAUAUCCAAAAGCGUGCGGCAAGUGUUUACGGAAGUCGGAGUGUCGCCAGGUAAGCUGCACAUUGCCGCAACCUCGUUCCCAGAGUCCCCUCUUCUACGUCCGGCGUACAAGUAAGAGAGGACCCUGGGAACAAGGUUGGGCGCUGCCGCUGCUGUGUGGUUCACUGCCUACUUAGGUACUAAGCAUAAUAGCUUACCUAUCCCUCCCCUAACCCAAGAUUUUGCACUUAUCGAGAAGUAAGGGUUAAAGGUUGAAUAGGUUGAAGGCUUGUUUCUAGUGGAGAGUACAGUUAGCUUAUCCAGUCAGUUUACAGGCACACCACUCAAAUACCUCGAAACAAAUAUUGGAAAUAGAACAUAACAGGAUUAAAAACCCUGGGAGGCAACCAGUUGGCUAUUUACAAGCGUGGCCGAGGAUUUGAACUCGGGGGACGACCGAGAACAAAUCUAGCAAGUCGCCUGAGCGGGACUCGAGCCGGGAACCGCCGGAUUGCGAGUCCGACGCACUGAGCGCUCUGCUUCGCUGCCUCCCAUGCAGGAUAGGGGAGAGGGAUUCUGAGAAACUGCCCACCGAGCCCUCCCCUAACCCAACAUUUUGCUCUUAUUCAGAAGUUAGUGUUUACGUUGAGUUAUAUAGGGAGGGGUAGGUAAGUAGUUUCCUCGAAUCUUAUACUGACCGCACAGCCACUUUUUGAAAACAUGCGCGUUUGUAUUGAUGAGGUCUUGGGGCAGCCGAAGGAGCUACCGUUGAAAGCAUUUGCAAGGCUGGAGCUACACCACGCGGCACUUAAAAUCAUUCAGGCUAAUAUUUCAACUGAAAACAGUUAGAUUUGUUUAGGGCGAGUGAUACACUAACCUGAAAAGAUAUAGCGGCUCGCGUCUUAGCUGUACCAAUGUAGUUUGCAAAAAUCCCCUUCUGUUGGAGUGUCAACUUUGCAAUUAAAAUAGUUUCUUUGCAUGUUGCAGUGUUUCCAGCGUUAGCAUUUAUAAAUUUUUAUUACUGUUGUUAUUUAUACAGGGCUUAUGAUUGCAAACACAGAUACCAAACACUAUCUGGAGCUUACCGAUUCUGUGUACAGGUUUAUGCCAUCAGUACUAACUCCUGAGGAUGCUAAACGCAUUCAUGGCUUUAACGAAAGAAUAAGCGUUGAGAAUUACGAAAAAACGAUCAACUACUUUUAUCAUUUGAUGAUAAAUGCUGAUGCAGCGAAUUUGGACACGGAGAAACCACACAGCGAAUUGUGA